AUGUAAUCAUAAGGUUAAGCUUCACUAUAAAUUGAACAUUACAUAAUAGAAAGAGGUGGUUUAGGUGUAGGUGCUUUUGGGAAAGUGAAGUGUACCUGAUAUAGAAUAAGUAUAAUAGUGGCUAAGCACAAUAUUACAAACACUUAUGUGGCAAUUAAAAUCAUCAAUAAAAAAAAGAUAAAGAACUCAAGAAUGGAAGCUAAGAUUAGAAGAGAGAUAACGUUGCUGAGAUACUUCAAUCAUCCGAAUGUGAUUAAACUAUACGAAGUACUUGAUACUCCUGGUGACAUCUUUUUGGUAAUGGAAUAUGCACAAAGAGGUGAACUAUUUGAUCUGAUUGCCUAAAGAGGUAAAUUGUCAGAGGCAGAGGCUCGUAAUUUCUUUUUAUAAAUAUUAAGUGGACUUGAGUAUUGUCACAAUAAUCGUGUUGCUCAUAGAGAUCUUAAACCUGAAAAUAUAUUGA